AUGGGCUUUGUAAUGGAGAGUAAAAUCGAUAAAGCAGUGGAAUUUUUCGAUGAUAUGGUUGCACGUGGUUAUCAACCUAAUGUUUAUACUUACAAUGUGAUGGUAAACGGAAUGUGUAAAUUUGGGAAAACAAACGUGGCUAUUGGGCUGCUAAAGGGAAUGGCUGAUAGAGGUUGUGAGGCAGAUGUUGUGACAUACAGUGCAAUCAUUGACGCCCUUUGCAAAGAUGAGCUAGUUGGUGAGGCUUUAGAGCUCUUCUCUCAAAUGAGGAAUAAGGGCAUUUCAGCUGAUGUCAUCACUUACACUGGUUUAAUUCAUGGUGUUUGCAAAUUAGGCCAAAAGAACCAAGCAUUGGCCUUGAUGAAUGAAAUGGUGGAGAAAAACAUAUUACCAAAUGUUUAUACCUUCAGUGUAUUGAUUGAUGCUCUUUGUAAGGAUGGAAUGGUUUCAGAGGCUCAAAAAACAUUCAAUAUAAUGAUUCAAAGAGGUGUAGAGCCUAAUGUGGUCACCUACAGUUCCUUAAUUGAUGGUCUUUGCAUUUCAGACCAUUUCAAAGAAGCUUUGGCCUUGUUGAAAGAAAUGGUGGGGAGGAACAUAUCCCCUAAUAUUUUUACCUUCAAUAUAUUGAUCCACACUCAUUGUAAGAAAGGACUGGUUUCAAAUGCACAGAAUAUAAUCAAAAUAAUGAUUCAAAGAGGUGCGGAACCUAGUGUUGUCACUUAUAAUUCAUUGAUGGAUGGAUAUUGUCUGUGCAAGCAAAUUGAUAAGGCUAGAAAGGUAUUUGAUCUGAUGGUGACCAAUGAAAUAGCUGACAUUUUUAGCUACAGCAUUUUGAUCAAUGGAUAUUGUAAGUGCAAAAUGAUAGAUGAUGCAAAGGAUAUUUUUGUUGAAAUGUCUCAUAAAGGUUUAGUUCCUAAUGCUGUUACUUAUUCUACUCUUAUAAAGGGUAUGUUUCAAGCAGGGAGGCCCCAAACUGCACAGGAGCUCUUUAAGGAUAUGGGCCCUCAUGGUCAACAGCCAGAUAUAGUAACCUUCUCAAUUAUGAUUGAUGGUUUGUGUAGACAGGGGAAUCUCGACGAGGCAAUCACACUAUUGAAAGCAAUGGAGAAAAGUCAGUUGAAGCCUAAUCUUGUGAUCUAUAGCAGUCUGAUCAAUGGUAUGUGCAAAGUUGGGAAGAUUAAUGAUGCCAAGGAACUUUUUUCUAGUCUUUUUGAAAUUGGUUUACAACCUGAUGUUUUUGUAUAUAAUGCAAUUAUGAAAGGACUCUGCCAACAAGGAUUAAUGGAUGAAGCGUAUAAGGUAUUUAAAGAUAUGGAAAAGGUAGGAUGUUUACCAAAUAAUUGUUGUUAUAAUAUCAUCAUUCAAGGGUUUCUCAAGCAUGAGGAUUUACCAAAAGCAUCAAAACUAAUCAAUGAAAUGGUUGAUAAGGGGUUCUCUGCUGAUGCUACUACCACAGAAUUGGUAGUAUAUUUAUCGCAGCAUAAUGAUCUCAUUCUAAGCAAACUACGAAAUUGUUCUGAGGCUUCUAAAGCUGUGCAAUGGUACUUGCAAGGAUAUGACUACAACUUCACCUUUCUAACCAUAAAGGGCGCAGGAUAUAUACAGUCCCAGAAUACAAGUUUUUGUGAUUCUGCAUCCAUGGGAAAUGGUUUGUUAGAGAAGCAAUCUCCAUUCCUAUUCUUAUUUACCAAUCAUUGCCAUUCUUCUACUUCCACACUUGAAGAUGCACGCUUCUUGACAAAUAACUUCAAAUCUGCUUCUUUUACCCAUCUUGAUGAUGCCAUUGCUUCCUUCAAUCAUGUAAUUCAUAAGCAUCCUCUGCCUUCUAGGGUUCCAUUUAAUAGAUUCUUAUCUGCCCUUGUGAAAAUGAAACAAUAUCACACUGUCCUUUCCAUGUCCAAAACAAUUGAAUUGCUAGGAAUCUCUCACGAUGUUUAUUCUCUUAACAUCUUAAUUAAUUGCUUCAGCCACUUACACCUCGUGGAUUUUGGCUUCUCUGUUUUUGGUAAGAUGCUCAAAUUCGGAUUGGAGCCUACCACUGUGACAUUUACUACCUUAAUUAAUGGGCUUUGUAUGGAGAGUAAAAUCGAUAAAGCAGUGGAAUUUUUCGAUGAUAUGGUUGCACGUGGUUGUCAACCUGAUGUUUAUACUUACAAUACCAUAAUAAACGGAAUGUGUAAAUUUGGGAAAACAAAUGUGGCUAUUGGGCUACUAAAGCGAAUGGCUGAUAGAGGUUGUGAGCCAAAUGUUGUGACAUACAGUGCAAUCACUGACGCCCUUUGCAAGGAUGAGCUAGUUGGUGAGGCUUUAGAGCUCUUCUCUCAAAUGAGGAAUAGGGGCAUUUCACCUGAUGUCAUCACUUACACUGGUUUAAUUCACGGCGUUUGCAAAUUAGGCCAAAAGAACCAAGCUUUGGCCUUGAUGAAUGAAAUGGUGGAGCAGAACAUAUCACCUGAUGUUUAUACCUUCAAUGUAUUGAUUGACGCUCUUUGUAAGGAUGGAAUGGUUUCAGAGGCUCAAAAUACAUUCAAUGUGAUGAUUCAAAGAGGUGUAGAGCCUGAUGUGGUCACCUACAAUUCCUUAAUUGAUGGUCUUUGCAUUUCAGACCAAUUCAAGGAAGCUUUGGCCUUGUUGAAAGAAAUGGUGGGGAGGAACAUAUCCCCUAGUGUUUUUACCUUCAAUAUAUUGAUCGACACUCUUUGUAAGAAAGGACUGGUUUCAAAUGCAGAGAAUAUAAUCAAAAUAAUGAUUCAAAGAGGUGUGGAACCUACCAUUGUCACUUAUAAUUCAUUGAUGGAUGGAUAUUGUCUGUGCAAGCAAAUUGAUAAGGCUAGAAAGGUAUUUGAUCUGAUGGUGACCAAUGAAAUAGCUGACAUUUUUAGCUACAGCAUUUUGAUCAAUGGAUAUUGUAAGUGCAAAAUGAUAGAUGAUGCAAAGGAUAUUUUUGUUGAAAUGUCUCAUAAAGGUUUAGUUCCUAAUGCUGUUACUUAUUCUACUCUUAUAAAGGGUAUGUUUCAAGCAGGGAGGCCCCAAACUGCCCAGGAGCUCUUUAAGAAUAUGUGCUCUCAUGGUCAACAGCCAAAUAUAGUAACCUUCUCAAUUAUGAUUAAUGGCUUGUGUAGACAGGGGAAUCUGGAUGAAGCACUCACCCUAUUGAAAGAAAUGGAGGAAAGUCAGUUGAAGCCUGAUCUUGUGACCUAUUGCAUUCUGAUCAAUGUUAUGUGCAAAGUUGGGAAGAUUAAUGAUGCCAAGGAACUUUUUUCUAGUCUUUUUGAGAUUGGUUUACAACCUGAUGUUUAUGUAUAUAAUGCAAUUAUGAAAGGACUCUGCCAACAAGGAUUAAUGGACGAAGCGUAUAAGGUAUUUAGAGACAUGGAAAAGGGAGGAUGUUUACCGAAUAAUUGUUGUUAUAAUAUCAUCAUUCAAGGGUUUCUCAAGCAUGAGGAUUUACCAAAAGCAUCAGAACUAAUCAACGAAAUGGUUGAUAAGGGGUUCUCUGCUGAUGCUGCUACCAAAGAAUUGGUAGUACAUUUAUCGCUGAAUAAUGAUCUCAUUCUGAGGCUUUUAAAGGUGCGCAAUGAGGGAUCAGCAAAUUAAAGUUAUUAUAUCUUGACCAUUCAAGUGUAUCUUGGAGGGCAACUUGACAUGGACUAGAUCUCUUUGAUAUAAGAUUGUUGAUGAAUGGAGGUCAUGGAUUUCUAAUCAUCAAGUUGCUGGUACUUGCAAGGAUAUGACUACAACUUCACCUUUCUAACCAUAAAGGGCGCAGGAUAUACAGUCCCAGAAUACAAGGUAAGAGAAUCACUAGACUUCUACAGCUGUUGGUUGGAUGAAAUGUCACUAAAAUCAUUUGAGUUAUUUAUAUGGUGCAUUUUGCGAUACAUUUGUAUGGUGUUAUGAAUGUGAAACACAUUGUUUCUUACUGUUUGAGAUGUUAGUUAAGUUAGGCAAGAAAAGUUGUUUUGGUUGUUUCUUUUCUCCUUUCAGCAGUAUAUAAUGAGACAUUUUAUUUUUUUACCA